GAAGAAAUGGAUAAAAUAGAAACGAAACGAAAACUAUUAUUCAAAAUAAAAAAGAAAAACGUGCGCCGGGCAAAAACUAAACGAAAGCAAAAAGCACUGAAGAAAGAAUGUAAAAGGAAGCGAAACAAAAAGUUGAAACAUACCCAAUUCAGGUAUCAACGAAAAACCGAAGAGCUCUGUUCGGCUGUACAACUUGUGGAAAUUAAUGAUAUGGAUUGGAGCCCUGUGAAACAGCCCUCGAAUUUACCAGUGGAAAUCUCGGAGUGGCACAAACAAGAACAAAUCGCUUACUGGAAAUCCAAAGCUAUUAGUUUAGAAUUUGAGAAUAGGAUGUUGAAGCAACAUUUAAGGAACGUCUACGCACAAACUAUAAUUGAUAAUGCAAGUAUCGAGGAGGCGGUGGAACCUCCAGUGGAGAACGAGAAGAAGAAAAAUCACCGCAAAACACCUGUAGAAGAAGUCUUGCCGAAUUUACCAACACGCGAAUCGAAGUAUAGAUUAGAAGAAAUGAAGAAAAUAUAUGGUGAUAGGGCUGAAAAACUGAUUAGCAUGGAAACUGGAUUGCAAUUGAAUUUUGAAAGGCUUUCGGACGAGUCUAAGCCGGCUUUCUGGCCCACUUUACCCCUUAAAUUAUAAUUUUAUUCUCAUUUGAAUAGUCAUUAAAUUUGUAUUAAUUUUACUUUUUAUAUACCAAACUUUUGUUAAUAAAUAA